GGCAGGCACACAGUGGACAUUAGCCAGAGAGAACAACAACAGAAGCAGACAGACAGGCCUUUUUAGAUGCUCUCCUUCACUUAAUCACAAACAAUAACUUUACUCUGUGAGAGACAAGCCAUUCAGCAUGUCGCGAGGCAGCUUUGUCUUCACAUCCACAGCCCUACGCUCCCUUGAACUUGACGAGGACAUGCUGGAGAGACACAAAUACAAGAAGCAGCUGGCCUCCCAUCACUUCAAUAGCUAUAUGCUGAAGAAGGCGAUGAGGGACAGGGCACCGCUGAGGUCCAGUACUGCCACACCGCCAGCUAUCUGCCAGGAUGUGGUCGUCCAGAACGCUCUGUAUACAGGAGACCUUGAGGCCAUGCAGCGCCUCUUUCCCAGAGGAUCCACAGUGAACCUCAUAAUCGAGCCGCAGGGAGGGGACAUGCACUGGGUCGCCACAGGGGAAGGACUGUGGUCACUGAGUUAUGAGCAGGAGCUGACCACCCCAAUUCACAUCACAGCCAGCCGAGGCUUCACGGACUGCCUGAGACUCCUGCUGCAGCGUGGGGCCAAUGUUGACCUGGCACCUGGGGGCAACACUGCCCUGCAUGAGUCUUGUGAAAACGCCGAGCCAGAGUGUACCAAACUGCUGCUAAUCCACGGUGCCAACGCCAACGCUGUCACUGAAGACGGCUUUAUGCCCUUGCACUUGUGUACACAACCCGAAUCCCUUGAAUGUGCAAAGUAUCUCCUUCAGUACGGUGCAGCGAUUAACGGUCGCACUCUAGAUGAAGACGACACUCCCCUACAUGUCGCAGCCAGGAACGGCCUCCCAGAACACACUGAGCUCUACCUGCGCUAUGGAGCCGCUGUGGACAAACAGAAUAACGAGGGUCUCACGCCCCUGAACUCUGCCUGCUCACAACCCCAGGAGGUGCAGGAGCUUGAAUGCUACUUCAAGGUGUGCCAGAAGCUACUUGGGGCGGGGGCCACUGUCCACACCAUGGACCAGGACAGACGCACCCCUUUGCACAUGGCCUGUAAGAAUGCAAAUCCAGACAUAGUGGAUCUGCUGCUGGCAAACGGCGCCUUGGUUAACGAAAUGGACUACGGCGGUGAAGCUCCCAUGCACAACAUCCUGAAGGUGGUGUGCUACAAGAUUUCGCAUUACCCUGAGAGGAUUGUCCGUGCUCUGCUCAACCAUGGCUCUAUUCGGGUGUGGCCUGGAGCUCUGCCCAUGGUACUGAAGCACUGCUGUGUAUCCCCACGCACCAUCGAGGUCCUCCUCAACUCCUACAGUCGCCUCAAAGUCACAGACACCUGGGUUGAGUCGGUGUCACCAGAGGUGUUCAAGGAGCACAAAGAGUUCUACGAGUCCCUCUUCUCUUUGGAGCGGACUCCUCGCUGCCUGCAGCACUUGGCGCGCUUCAGACUCAGGACCUUCCUGGAGGGCCGGGUGCACAAGGUGGUCCCUAAACUUGAGCUGCCCACCUUCAUCAAGAACUACCUGCUGCUGGAGUACAGAGAUUAUGUCCACUGAAAGCACUUUGUGUGUAAGCUGUGUUAGUGUGAGUGCUGAUGAAGACAGAGUGCUGCUACAUUUGUGAGGCUGCAGCAGCUUCUCACAGUAUAACUCAUAAUUAAAUUUGUGGCAUCAAGUGUAGCACUAUAACAGUACACUUAAUAGUUUGAAAUACAUUUUGUGCCACACGUUUCAGGAUGAAGAAGCAGCUUCUUGUCCUCUGUCACGUUUAUUCCAGUUUGAUUUUGCACCACAAGAGGGAGCUACAGACUAGAGUUGAUCAAAUACAUAGCAGGUUGUGUUUUAUAUAUUUUUAAUUUUAUGAUCACAUUUUUUUACUUCUGCACUUGAUAGUGAGGAUGCUUGUAUUUUUAUAACGAUUAUUAUGAUUGUUUGAUGUUAAUGCGCACUGUGAUGCUGUGUUGCACAUUAAGGAUUAGCUUAAAAUAUUUGCAUAAAUGAUUAUUCCCAUCGGUAUUGUUGUAAUUAGGCGUUUUGUAUCAAAAAAUGGGCUUAAUGUAAAAUAAAAUAUUCCACUACGG